GAAGGCCGACUGCCACCCGGCAUCGAUGACAUAGCCUCCAUCGGGUUGAAGUACCCCAAAGUCCUUGCGAAACUGGGUUAUACCAAGGACGAUUGUCCCUGCAUCAUAAUCGAACCCAAUGCAGAUCAGAGCCCAGGCGCCGUACAGACACCAGAAGAUGUUUCUCGGAUUGGCCUUAAUAGCCUGCCACUUAGUCUGUUGAUGGUCUUCAUGCUGUGUUGCGUGGCCAGAAAGCUCGAUGUGUUCUGCGCAGUCUUGCGCAGGAUUUUCUGGACUUUUGGUCUCCAUGGUUGCCAAAAGCCUUUUACUGACUGGAAUGAGAUGGGAAAAAGGCGAUGGGCGAAGCAGGUUGAUGUCCCUGUACUGUAAUCAUGUCGAUCACCGCAUUUCACUAGCGACCUCUCUUUAUACGGGGAGAUUGUGAGAAAUUGCGGUGCGAGAUACACCGAGAAGAAGGCAACAAACUCUACAUGAUCGAUGUCAAAUACACCGACAGGCCCUCCGCUUUGUGAAUCAAUUCUGGUAAGCUGAAUCGUUGAAGAGCAAAAUGCACCGAGAAGAGGCUCCGGAUGAAGCACUCCGCGAUGCAACUACCCCAGUACCCCACCAGUUCCCACUUUCGGACGGAGACCACACGAGAUAUUCAACCAACAAAUGCCUGCGAAGGCCAAGGCUUCGUCCCUAGCUCGAGCUUGUCGGUCGAUUCUCUACCGUCCUCACUCAUCUGUACGUUCCGUUGUGGUCAAGGGCGACAAUUGUCGACCGAGUUGUACCGAAUCCCCGAAUAUAUCGUCCGUGGCCGGCUCUUGUGACGCAGGAUGGGCUUUGAACAUAAAGAUGAUAGCAGGGUUAGCUGGUGCAAUUUGGACCCGAAUAAAAGCUCUUCGACCGAUCUUUCAAUAAGAGGAGAGGGGGUAGUUGGAUUCAAGAGUCCUCGACCUCUAUCUGGAUCAAUGGGCAAUGCAUCGGCGUCACCGACCAUUCAGGUCUCUUCGAUAUCGUUCGAGCACCAUACAACAGGGUUUGGUAUAGGCCAUGCAAGGCCGCGUGUCUCAUGGCGCUUUGCAACAAACACCGCUGUCAAGAACUGGAUUCAAGACUCGUACGAAAUCCAAAUUGAGCGCCAAAAACGUGGCUCGAAGCCCGAGCUUUACCAAAUCCGUGGCCGCGACUCCGUGCUGGUGCCGUGGCCUUGUGAACCUCUGAAUUCCAGAGAGAGGCUCAGUGUCAAAGUAAGGGCCCAAGGAAGGUCGAGGGCGCUGGUUGACGAACUCGGCGGCGGAGAAGAAACCCCCGUCUCUUCGGAAUGGUCCAAUCCUGCCACCGUGGAGGCUGCAUUGCUGAAGAAGUCCGACUGGACAGCUAGAUUCAUCACCUCGUCAGACGACCGAGGACCCGAUCAUCCCGGGAAGAACCCUGUGCGUCCUCUACGAUUUCGAAAGGUUUUCCAGCUUCCGCAACAUACAUUUGUGUCUCAAGCGCGAGUCUACGUCACGGCUUAUGGCGUAUACAGGAUGUUCAUCAAUGGCCAUCGUGUGGGAGACGAAGAAAUGAGCCCAGGAUGGACCAGCUAUAAGCACAGGCUCAAUCACCAGGUUUUCGACGUGGGUUCAUUCCUCCGGAAAGGAAAAGAGAAUGUGGUGGCAAUUGAGGUGGGCGCAGGCUGGUAUGCUGGACGACUCGGCUUUGACGGGAGACGUUGCCUAUACGGUGGGGACUUGGCGGUCCUGGCCCAGCUAGAGGUCUCCCUUCAAGAUGGACAGCUCUACACGUUGAACACGGACGUCUCCUGGAAAUCUCAUUGCAGCUCGAUCACUCACAGCGAGAUUUAUGACGGCGAGACCUACGAUACACGUGAAGAACAGCGAGGAUGGUGCAGCGAUCCCACGUUUGACGAGUCUUCCUGGACGACGACGAGAGAACUGCCAACCGCUCUUGAAAUACUCAAUGCUUCCGACUUGCCACCAGUACGAUGCACUGAGGUGAAGAAACCCAUUGACAUCUUCCGAUCGCGAUCCGGCAAAUUAUUGGUCGAUUUUGGUCAGAAUCUAGUUGGAAAGCUACGUGUGAACUUUCCGACUGUGUCGGCUGCUGAAGCCUUCAAGCCCGGCGGACAUAGUGUGUCUUUUCUUCACGCAGAGGUACUCGAGAAUGGAGAGCUUGGGACACGACCUCUGCGAUCUGCGAGAUGUGUCGACCAAGUAGUUCUCUCUGACACCGAGCCCUUCACUUGGUCGCCCGCAUUCACCUUUCAUGGGUUUCGGUACGUGCAGAUCGACGGAUGGCCAACAGAUACGGAGCUCAAAACGUCAGAUCUCGAGGCCCUCAUACUACACAGCGAUAUGAGACGAACAGGCUCUUUCGAGUGCUCGGAACCCCUGGUCAACAAGCUCCAUGAAAACACAUUGUGGAGCAUGCGAGGAAACUUUCUAUCCCUCCCCACUGACUGUCCUCAACGGGAUGAAAGACUCGGCUGGACGGGCGAUAUACAAGUUUUCGGUCCUUCGGCGAACUAUCUAUAUGACACCACCGGCUUUCUUAGCAAUUGGCUACAAGAUGUCUCAGCUGAGCAGCUUGAGGAUGGCAGAGGUGGUGUCCCAAGCGUUAUCGUACCCGACCUCAUCGACAACCCCAUUCACAACCCGCCCCAAGCAGUAUGGAACGACGUGACAGUGCUUUUACCAUGGGAUCUAUACCUCAGCUCGGGUGAUAAAGACAUCCUCCGUCGGCAGUAUGCUAGCAUGACGGCUUGGGUCGACCGUGGAAUCCCCCGAGGUCCAAAUGGCCUUUGGGAUCCAAAUCUGUGGCAAUUUGGUGACUGGCUUGACCCAAGUGCCCCUCCUGAAGAGCCUGGAGCUGGACGUACAGACUGUAUCCUUGUUGCUGACGCCUAUCUGGUUCGAGUGACGGAAACAAUGGCUCGAGUGGCCGAAUGCCUCGGACUCGCAGAAGACCAGCUUCGAUAUUCCGACGACGCUAGACGCCUGAAAUCCAUCUUUCAGUACCAGUACGUGGCCGCCUCGGGACUGCUCGUGGGAGACACACAAACAGCGCUGUCACUGGCUCUCUGUUUUGGCCUACACCAGAGCCACGAGCAGAGAGUGCAAGCCGCAGAUCGACUGGCGCAUCUAGUACAAUCAGCCAAGUACCGGAUCUCUACUGGGUUCGUUGGGACGCCUUUGAUCACACAUGCGCUCUCGGACACGGGGCAUCCGCAGCUGGCGUAUCGCAUGCUCCUCGAGUCCAAGUGCCCUUCGUGGCUGUACCCAAUCACCAUGGGUGCCACGACGACCUGGGAGCGCUGGGACAGCAUGCUGCCGGACGGUUCGAUCAAUCCAGGGUCGAUGACGAGCUUCAACCACUACGCCCUCGGGUCCAUCGUGCAUUGGCUGUACAAAGUUGUGGGCGGGAUCAGUCCGCGGGAUCCGGGCUGGCGCACGGUCGAGAUCCGUCCCAUUCCUGGUGGAACCAUCAGCAGCGCAACUGCCACGUACGAAAGCCCGUUCGGCUUGGUCUCAUGUUCUUGGUCGGUUUGCGAGAAGGAUGCGGCGUUCACGUUAGAGGUGACAAUCCCUCUGAACUGCAGGGCCGUGAUCUUCCUGCCUUCACAACAGCAGCAGCAGCAAGUCAAGGUCGCCGGCGGUGUUGCAUGGGGUGAAGCAGAGGAAACCGGCGCUCUUAUUGUGGGAUCUGGGUCACACAAGUUCACAUGUCCGUACAGCAAGCCUCAAUGGCCUCCCAAGGCGAUUUGGGACCGGUCAGAGUUUGCACUUGCCGUAGAGUUGUAGUGGUGUAGCAUCCUGAGAGCUGGACAUGUUCGCACAAAUCGAGCGGUCACGUGCUCACGUGCUACUGCGAGUAUAGUAUCG